GCCCUUAUUAGGAGAGCGGAUAGUGUAUUUGGGACGCGGCCGGCGCUGUUGUUUCGAGCGACGGCGCUGCUAAGGCCGCGUUAGCACGGACCUGGUUAUUAGCUGCGGAUUAGAGGUCGACUUUUUCACCACAAGCCAAAUUACAGACCUGCCCUCUCCCACCCACCCCUUCAUCCCCCCCCCCCUUUAUUUUUUUCCUCGGAGAGCGAGCGAUGGCACAAGAGACGAAUCAGACGCAGGUUCCUAUGCUUUGCGCCACGGGAUGCGGCUUCUACGGGAACCCCCGUACCAACGGCAUGUGCUCCGUCUGCUAUAAGGAGCACCUGCAGCGGCAGCAAGCGGGCGGGCGGAGCAGCCCACCAGGUGAUAAAGUUGCCACGUCUCCAUCAGGGUCUCCAGGAGCUCCCUCUGUAACUGUGGAGACGGAACCUGACCCUGUGUCUGAAGUGGUGGCUCCUUCAGAGGAGACCAGCUCGUCCAGUCCGGUCACCCAACAGAUGACUGCCAUGAGCAUCUCCCAGGACUCUGCAGCCACAGACUCGGACCGAGCCGACGGCGAUGGGGAAGAGGAAGGUGAAGCGUCGUCCAAAAGCACAGGUCCAGCUGCAGAAGCAGCACAGACCUCCUCAGAUGGAGAUCAGACACCUGACAAGAGCAAGAAGAAGAACCGAUGCUUCAGCUGCAGGAAAAAAGUUGGACUUACAGGUUUCGACUGUCGCUGCGGUAACCUGUUCUGCGCCGUCCACCGCUACUCUGACAAACACGACUGUCCGUACGACUACAGAGGAGCAGCGGCCGCUCAGAUCCGCAAAGAGAACCCCAUUGUUGUGGCAGAGAAGAUCCAGAAGUUAUGAGGACCGAGGAAAAAAAAACAGCGGACACUUGUUUGACCUGCAGGUUUAAUCAGAACAAUGACGGCACCGAUUUCCGAUCUAGCUUCUUUUCUCCAUCGUAGGACUAAGCGCCGCACACUGCGUCUCCACUGACCCUCUCUUAGUGAUGUAACUGUGUGUGUGUGUGUGUGUGUGUGUGGGCUCGAAAGUCAAAGGGGGUGAUUCGGUCUGGUGGGCGCUUUGUGUUUUUUUUUUUUUAAAGGGAUGACAUUUACAUUUUCUUUCCUCAGGCCGUGCUAGUUUAGAGAGGGAGCUUUAUGGGGCAAAGACUUUCAUCCAUUUUAGUCCUUUUAUUUUAUUUUUAUUUUAAUUUUUUUGUCAUCGAUUUUAUCAGUUUCCAGAAUUUCUCUUUCAACUUGGUUUUAUUUCCCUCAUUUUUCCCCCUUUCCUGUUUUGCUGAGCGUAUGAAAGCGUUCUCAGAGGAUCUAUAUUAAUAUAUUGUAGUUAGAUCGAAGUGUGAUUGCAUCCUAUUUAUUAUUAUUAUUAUUGUUAUUAUUAAUUUAGUUUUUUUUUUAUAUAUAUAUAUAUAUUUUUAUCUGCUCGAGUUGUGCUGGAAGCAUGUAUUUGGAGGAAGCGUUUCCUUGUCCUUUAUACAAACUUCCGUUUACAUGAAGCUGUCAAGCCACAGACAGGAGACUAUCCACCGAACUCAAAGCACAACGCCGUGGCGACGAUCCGAGCUCAAACGUCGGAGGAAGAUCGGACAGUAAAUCGGUUCUCGGACGCCGUCGCGAACGCCGAACAAAUUUGAUUUCUCUCGUCGACCACAAAUAUUCCUGACCACCAGCAGACCAGCGAAUCGCGGACGCACCGUAAAUGUGAACACGCCGCGCUUCGCUGACGUCACACAGGAAGUCAUCACCGCUUCCAGGAUGAGACUCGGCUCCUGUAUGGCGAUUAGGACCGAAGCUAAACGCUUUACAUCGCUGUCGAGAUGCGACACACACGCCAAACUGCAGCUUUGUGCUAAUUAAUAGGUGUGGUUUAUACGAGACGUCACACCGCGCAAUACUGUUCUUAUUUACCGAACAUCAUGAUGUGAUGAUCUCGUUACACCACAACCGUAUUUUUGUUGUUGUUGUUGUUGUUGUCAAACAUGUUUAUAUACCACAUGGCUACUUUAACCAUAUAGUUAUAAUCCAGCGUAGAAGGUGACGAGGUCAGACGGGGAGCAGACGGGGGUGAGAGAAUGCGUCAUAAACUUUGUGUACGUUCUCAUAUAUGUAUGUAUCCAGUGCUCCUCGUAUCCCAGCAGAGAUAUGAAGGACGAGUGUGUGUUGGAUAGGGGGUGGGGUGAUGUGGGGUGGGGUUGGGGGAUGUCUUUGUUUGUUUUCUAGUCAAAAGGGCUGAAGUCGGUGGGCGUGGCCGAGUGGGCGUGGGAGGGGUUUCUACAGUAUUCGUGUUUAAACAUCAUCGUAUAGUUUUGAUGGCCGCUCGUCUUUUUUAAAAAAAUUUUUUAUUUAUUUAAACGUAAUCACGGUACAGAAGGUUUGACCGAAAUAAAAAAAAACUCUAUAUGCUUUACACAAACAUGGCAGUGACCCAAGUGACCCCCGAUGGGACGAUUCGUCUCUUAAUUCUUCAACGAGAGCCGUCCACCAGCCCCGAGGCGUCGUCGACACAGCUGUCAAUCACACGAGGGGGCAGGGCUUCAAACAGCAAGAACCGUGUGAUUUGUGUGUCUGUGUAAAGGCGGGGCGGGUCUCAUCACUGACCGUUUACACACACGCACGAUCAUUAGAGAACUUUCUUUUUAAAGUUCAGAAGACGUUUAACACCGCGACUCGUCGUUACCAUAGUUACCCGUUAACCUUUAAACAGAUUUAAACCAUGUAGCUAGCGUGAAGGUUUAAGUUUGACUCAGUCUUCAGACUUAACGUUUAUUUUGAAAGUAUAAUGCACGAGCCGUUGCAUAAGUAUUCACCCCCCUCUCGAAGAUUAUGUCACGAUUCUACAUGUAAUAGACCACAAAUAAAACAUCAAGGUGGUGUGUUGGUGUUACAGAAGCUCUAAAGAGUCACCUGUACAACAUCUCAGGAUCUAACAGCGUCUACGGCAAUCCGUGUACGCGACGCUACCACCACCACGCUUCACCCUGUCUGACGUAGAGCCGUGUCCCGUGGCUGAAAGUUUCCCUUUGUGUCUUUCUUCCAUCAUGUCCAGCUUCCUGAUUAUCCAUCACACAGCUUUCCUCAUCUCUCUAUCGUUCCCUUCCGUCUCUCUCUCUCUCUUUCCUGCUCACUGGCUAAUGUCAGAUCUGUUUUGGGAGCUCCUUCAUGGUUAGGUCUUCGUGUGUGUGUGAGAUCAGGAUCAGGUGAGAGUUCUGAUCCUUUCACUACACACAGCUCGACCGAAUUAAGGGGCUUCGAUGCCCCCCGAUGUCUCCUUUAGUUCUUUAUAAUGAAUAAGAGAGGGGGGUGAAUACUUAUACACGGUACAGUACCUAACCCAUUAGGAGUUGUGUUUAGGUGGGAUCAGUACUGAUGUGAUCAAACACAAGCUUCACAGAUGUUCUUAUAAAUCUUAAGCGACACGAAGCUCUAUAAGCAUCUCGUUGUCACUUACCGAGCUCCUUCUGCAUGUCGGAUGCGUCGAGUUCCUCAGUGACGAUUAUGACACACAUUACGUUCCACAGAUUAAUAUUAAUUAAAAAGGAAAGUGGAAACGAUCAAACCGCAGGAAACUUCAGAAAGCAGUAACGAGAGCAGAUCGAGUCGUUUCGGAUGUUUAAAUAACGAUUAAAAAAAAACUCCAGCUGCAGUUUUUGCGUUCUCUGUUUAUUAAAAUCAUUCGUCAGGUUUUUUUUCUUUCUUUCUGUGACACGCAGACCUCAGACACACGCAGUUUUAUUUCAGUUUAGGGAUUUGUUGUGUUUUUUUUUUUUGAUGUGUAAGAGUACAAACAAUAAAGUCAAAGUUUAUUUUAAAACGA